AUGAAAUUAUCAGCUGCCGUAUCGGCUACACUUGCGACAGUAGUAGUUGCCUCGCAAUCUCCCUUCUCCUCAAAUGAGCAUAUAGAUUUCUUUUCAAAGCAUCUUGCCUCCCACCUAACUGACGAUGAGUUUCUUUUGUCUUCUUGGAGAAGUUUAUUAAACAAGUAUGAUUCUGAAAAGCUAGCUAAAGAAAUAGAUUCCUAUCAUGCGGGUUCUUUUCCCGGUACUACUAUGGAAAAACCUCUCCAGUCAGAUACCCAAAACCUAUUCUUUGAAUCACCUAAACAAGUUACUUUUGAGUCGGUGAAAAACACUAAAUUUACCGACCAUACUCUUAGAAUCAAACAAAAUAACCCUCAAUUGCUUCAAUUGGAUACAGUAGACCAAUACACUGGCUACUUGGACAUAGAAUCAGAAGAUAAACAUUUGUUUUUUUGGUUUUUUGAAUCCAGAAACGAUCCAGCUAAUGACCCUAUUGUCCUUUGGCUUAACGGUGGCCCAGGUUGUUCAUCCAGUACUGGAUUGUUUUUCGAAUUAGGCCCAUCUUCGAUCAACUCAGAUAUCCUCCCUGAGUAUAACCCGCAUUCAUGGAACUCAAAUGCCUCGGUCAUUUUCUUAGACCAACCUACCGGGGUGGGAUACUCCUACGAAGGUCCUCACUCCCUGGGAAAGGUGACAAGCACUGCUGCAGCAUCCAAGGAUGUUGUUGCAUUUUUGGAGCUCUUCUUUACGAAGUUUUCUAAAUUCCAAUCCAACAAAUUCCAUAUCGCUGGUGAACUGUAUGCUGGUCAUUAUAUCCCAAGAUUUACUAGAGAUAUUAUAAAGCAUGAAGGACCUUUGCUGUAUAAUGUGUCUUCGGUACUCAUUGGGAAUGGUAUUUUUGACCCAAUUGUUCAAAUUCCAACUUUCAGGUCAAUGCUUUGUGGAGAGGGUGGAUUUGAUCAACUCAUCUCGGAUGAAAGUUGUCAAGAAAUGGAUGAUGAUUUUAAAAAGUGUUUACCCUUAGCUAAGGCAUGUUAUCAUAUACAAAAUCCAUUUGCCUGUGUACCAGCAAAGCUUUAUUGCGAUAGAAUUAGAGCUAAGGUGUGGGAAACGGACCGUAACCCCUACGACAUGAGAAAACAAUGCGUAAGCAGGGACGAAGAGUGCUAUGAAGAAUUGCAUUACAUGAAUGAGUUUUUGGAUUCAGAAUUUGUUAAGAACGCAGUUGGUGCAGAUCCCGCUGUUGGACAAUACCAAAGUUGCAGUGAAGAUAUUUACAAUGGAUUUUCUUUCACAGGGGAUUAUAUGUUACCUCAUCAACAGUAUGUUGCUGAGUUAUUAGAGUCAGGGAUUCCAGUCUUGAUCUAUGCUGGAGAUAAAGAUUUCAAUUGCAACUGGCUAGGAAACUCCCACUGGACUGAUCAAUUGGAUUAUUCUGGGCAUGAGUCAUUUCUUGCAGCUCCUAUGACAGAUUUUAUAUCAAAAGACAAUGAAGUUCAUGGAAAAAUGAAGAAUUUUGAAAUAUUUACAUUCUUGAAAGUUUAUGAAUCAGGGCAUAUGGUACCAUUUGAUCAGCCGUUAGCUUCCUUAGAUGUAUUCAAUACAUGGUUGUCUGGUGAUUAUAAAUUGCGGGGCAAAUAA